CCUGGGAUCAGAACAUCGGUUCCCAAUUUCUUCGAUCUAGUUAGCCAUAUGCACCGGUUGUCGAGUAGCAUUGGCCGAAAGUAGCGGACGUAGGCGAUCAAAAGGCAACUCGGAAACUCGUCAUAGCAAGCGGAUUUCUUCUGGGCUAGGCAGCUCCGUGGAAGAGGAAGAAGAGAAAUCCGUCUUCCUUUGAGGGCUAGGCGGCGAAGAACGACGAAGACGAUAGCUACGACGCCUUCUCACAUUCCGAAUAGCAAUAAAAAUCGCGGCCCAGCGCGACAACGCAUCGCCAGGAUAACGCCGGAACGGAAGUCGCCGAGUCUUGCGGGAAACAUUGCCCCGUCGUCGGUACGCGAGAUUCGCAAAUAAACGCCCCCGGGCUGCAAUAAACUUUCACCGGAUCGACCGGAACGGCAAGGACAGUAGUGCUUCUAUAAUCUCCCAGCUCCGCCAAGGACGUGGAGCAAUAGAACGGCCGUCUAGCAGCAGUAGUAGCAGUAGUAGCAGUAGCAGUAGGCAGUAGAUCUCAUCCUCAGCCAAAAUGCGUGAAUACAAAAUCGUCGUCCUCGGCAGCGGAGGUGUCGGCAAAUCGGCCCUGACAGUGCAGUUCGUUCAGGGUAUAUUCGUGGAAAAGUACGAUCCCACGAUAGAAGACAGUUACCGGAAACAGGUUGAGGUGGACGGUCAGCAAUGCAUGUUGGAAAUUUUGGACACAGCCGGCACGGAACAAUUCACCGCCAUGCGAGAUCUGUACAUGAAGAAUGGUCAGGGCUUUGUGCUAGUGUACUCCAUUACGGCGCAAUCGACCUUCAACGAUCUCCAGGACCUGCGGGAGCAAAUUUUGAGGGUGAAGGAUACGGACGAUGUUCCAAUGGUGCUGGUCGGCAACAAAUGCGAUCUCGAAGACGAGCGAGUCGUAGGAAAAGAUCUGGGCAGGAGUCUUGCCGCGCAGUUCAACUGUGCAUUCAUGGAAACGUCUGCCAAAGCCAAAAUUAAUGUUAACGACAUCUUCUACGACCUAGUGCAACAAAUCAACAAGAAAUCACCGGAACGAAAGCCCAAUAAAAAGAAGAAAUCUCUAUGUGUGCUUCUGUAAAAACACUACUUAGGAGCAAAGUGGACAAGUAAAACGCUCACAAACAUCUACAUACAAACACACACACACACGUAAGCACAUGCGCUCGCAUAAGAACAAUCCACAGGAAUCUGAAGUUUUCGAGCGAGUGAGAACGCAGAGAUUCAGAAAAGGAUUUAAAACGAUCAGGAUUUAAAAGUAGGCAGAAAAAAAGGUAAAAAGAUGAUAAUCAGCGUUAGAACGAAGGACGUGUGUGUGGGGCAGGAUAAGGGAUAAACAAGCAACAGCAACAAAAAAGGGUGGAAAUAAUUAGGAAUCUUAAGGACAAGAAUCGGACACUUAAACACAAGCACAGACACACACACACACACACAUACACACACACACACACUACACGCCACUCGUUCUCAUGACGGCAUGAUCGCAUCUCGAGAACACGUGCAUACACACAGAGAAACAUACACACCUACAUACAUACGUACACACCAUGCAUGCAUACACAAAGCAAACGAGACGGGCACGGAAAGGAGACGACUAGGUUUGACUAUAAAGAAGCGUUAAGGCUCAGCGUUGGUUAAGAAUUGCUAAAUUUAAUUGAUCAUAAACAGAGAGAACACAUCUCCAUUUACAACACAUCCAUCGACGGAGGAGGAACGCGAUGGAUGGUAAUAGAUCUAGACAUUUCAAACACAUCCUCAGACGCGCCAAUAUGUGGCAGGGGUUCAAGGGGAUCACGCUGCUAAUUGCAAAACCCGAACAAAUCAAUCCAGAUAAUGAUACCGCUGGUCAUGAUGUGGCACUGUCCUGCUGCUGCAAGCGUUAGGGGACGCUGUUCGAGGGGUUGGGAAAGCGGAUCGAAUAAAGUGAGGUAGAGAGAAGGCGACUGCGGCGCUUGUGCAUAUCGAGAGAUGGUCAUAGUGUAACUCCUCUCUUUCUUCACUCUGCUGCACGAAGGCCAAGUUUAGUACUACAUUAUUUGCUGCAAUAGACGACGAAACGAGCGAAGGAAUCAGAACCAUUAGUAUGGAGUAAAAGAAAAACAACUUUACCUAUAACACAUAGCUUGUACUUUAUUGUCGCCUUCAUCUUGGUUUGUAUUGAAAGAAGGGUUUUAUGUUGUACACUGUUACGAUGUGAUGCGAGCUGAGUAAACUUUCUCUGUCACCAGAGCUAGAGAACCAUGCUUAUUGAUGAGUGCCGUUCGUGCGAUUAAGAUUAUAGGUUUUAUCUGAAUUUUGUUCUAUGGGCAGAGACGAAGUGAAAAUAAAUCAAAGCGCGACUUUUGCGACGAAAACUGGCAAUGGAAUUGAACGGCGUGUGAUACUGUGUAGUAAGAAUUGUGAGAAUCUAAAGCUCUGGGGAGGAAUGCCGGUAUCGAAGCGGGUAGUGAACGGCCGAUGAUGUAGCACGUGAUCCCUUGCGGAUUGCGUCUUGCGUAUGUUUUUAGUCUCAACGUUCGACGCGUGCUAUCUUUCUUUGACUGAACAAAAUUGAUUUUGCGAGGAUAGUGCUGCGGUAUAGAAGCUGUUUGUCGGUAUAUUCAUCUUUCAAAACAAUCGGAAACCUUCUAAUCGUUCAUGAAACUAAAUUUGAAUAAUCGAAUAAGCAACAGUAAGAGAAACGUGUUCUAGUGCAAUAGCACGCAAAUCAGUGGAAUGGGCAAAGUUAUUGACAAGAACGUUGUAAAACAGAUGCACGUGUUACGUUUAAAACCAAACUCCUCAUUUAUUAUGCUUCUAGGUAACGAAUUGAUGCAAAAACAAAAAACACACUGACGAGAUGAUCGUGUAUGUAUGCUAGAAACAAAACGAAAUAGAAAGGCAGAAGGGAAGAGAGAAAGUGAAAGUGAACUGUCCUUCCUGAGCUUGAUCCCGGUUCGACAAGCCCUUAUCUGUUAGUGUAGCUCCACUCUUGCUAGUGGCAAAAGGUGCCAAAAAUUAGCAGGCAGAAUGAAAAUCAAUAAUAACACACUGCGAACUGGCGCUGAUAGCACUUAACUGCGCAUGAAGAAAUAUCAAGAACAAAGAAUUUACGAAAAUAGAUUCUAGCUCCUCCGAUCCGUAAGACGAUCCUUUGUUGCAUAGUUACCUUCCACUGAUUUUGCAUAGGUUGCUGGAAUAUUAUCCGCUCCUGCCGGGGAUGGCUCUCAGCAGAUCUUCCGGUACACACUCUCCCACCCUACACGUUGGUUGGACUUGUUGAUGUCGAUUGCAAGCACCGUUGUUCCGUAAGACGCACGCUGUUCGGAUGUAGUCAGUUUCUGUCUGCUCAGCAUUUUGAUAUGUAUAUGUGCAGGAGGAUAAGCUAAUAGAUGAAUUCUCGCUACCAACUUCAAUAAUGUAUUAUGUGGUAUUAGGAAACAAAAUUAAGUAAAUGCAAUUACUAUACACAUGCAAAGCAGUUACAUAGUUAAACAUACUUAGCGAAAUGACGAUAAUGUAACGUAACGUUGCUGCACAGUCGUUGUAGCGAGGAGCAAAGCAAAUGAACAGUUUUCCCUUUGGUGUGUGAUCGUCGGUCAACGUGUGGUCGUCUUGUUGUAGUUGUGUAUCACUAAGCAAAAUAGAAGAAAGGAUCCAAAACAACGUUACAUCCUCAGAGACAGCCCAGCUGGUGGGGCAUUGCUGUUCAUCGGGGUUGUUUCUUCAUUCGGCACGAUUGAUAGGUAUCGUUAGGUGUUUCUAAAUUUCCUAUAAAAGUCUACCAUCCCACGUACAACGAGCCAUUUUCGGUGAUCUUGGAAUGAUCUAGCUAUUUUCUUGAUCGUGACUAGAAGCUGUAGUUCCCAUACCAACGAAACACAUGCUAUCGAACUGCAUUUAUCAUGAGCCGUGUGUCCAUGAAUCAAAUACUGGAAAAUGAUCGUGCGACCCGUUCCGUAAUCGGUUAUAUUCAUCAAGCGCAUGAAUAUCUGUCACCAUUUCGAACAAGUAUAGAAUCAGUAGGAAAAGGACAAAAUUAGGACCAUUGGGAACAUUAAGAGAAUCAGUGUGAAGCAAGACGUCUAAUAUAUUUUUUCUUAAUAUUAUAGCUUCCUCGUAAGGGCUUUCUACGCUGCCAUGUGUGAUGAAUGCGAUCGCAGUCAGUUGUUAAUGCAAUCUCAUAAACAUCAAAGUGUGUUAUGGGGAAGCGUAAAAUCAAACGAUAACGAAAACUAGUGAAGAAAUAAGUUACUGGUUGCAUGCGGAAUUACGGCAUACUAUUCACUUUCUCUCCAUCUCUGCCUUCUCCAGUCACCUGUACGAUGGAAAGUAUUACUACAUAUUCGAAGUAAAGUAUCGAAAUGGUCAAAAUAAAAGCUCAUAGAAACCCCGCAAUAUGUGAAAAUCAACGUCAUCGUUGAUUUCAUAACUAUUACUUUAGCGUUCACUUGUAAAAACCAGCUCACAAAUUGUGAGCAACAGCGAAAAAUAAGCGCUAAGUCGGAAGUAACGUAAAAGGUAAACUGAUCGAUCAUAAUUGUGUAACCAACUGCAAACAAAACAAUCUAUUUUCUAAUGAAUAAAAAAGUAUAUAUACACAUAAAUAUA